AUGAGUGACAACGAAAGUGAUACAAAAGAUUAAAGACCUGCUGAAGUUGAGUGGAGAUAGAAAAAAGGCACUUUAGAUUAGUAAAGUAGAGAUCAAAUUUCUAGACUUUCUAACUAGUAUGGUUUUAAAGUAAUGAAGUGUUAUUGAAAUUUUAGGAAAGUGAAGUUUAUAAUAUAGCAAGAAGACAUUAUAAUAAAUUUGAAUUAGUUGAAAGAGAUAUCAAAUCUCUAUUAAAAUAGGAUGAUAAUGAUGAUGCUGAUGCUGAUUGGAUUACAAAUGAUAAUGAAAAAUCAAGAUCUCAAAAUAAGCAUAGAAAAAACUCUAAUAAAGAGGAGGGUUAGAAAAACAUUAGAAAAUAAAGUGAUUAAUACUAGAAAUAGCAAGAAUAAAGAAACACAAGAAAUAAUGAAAGACAUGGAUAUAAUCAAAAAUACUACAAGUAUAUAAUCUCAUUAUUUUUAAGUUCUUAAUAGGAUUAUAAUUACAGAAACAAUAGAGAAGAUGUGAGAGAUAGAGAUGAACAUGAUAAUUAAUAAGAACGUUUCUAAAAUUAUAGAAAUGAUAGAGGCUAACAAAGGUAUUAAAAAAAUACCUAUAAUGAUCCAUGGGAUUAAAGAAGAACAAAUUAGUAUCAAUAUUAUAAUAAUAAUAAUAAUAAUAACAAUAAUAAGAACUAUAAUUAAAGAAAGUAGUAUAGAAAUAGAAAUGAUGAAUUUGUGUAAUAGCCAAUAUAUGUUUUAAAAGAAUCAUAAUCAGAGUAAUAACAUCCAAAAUAACAAUAAUAAAGCUAAGUUUAGUCAACAAAUCAAUAAUAAAAUGAAUAUACAACUUAGUAAAAUUAAGAUUCUUAAAGUAAAAAGGAAAUUUAACAAUAAAGUUAGAAUACCUAAUAAUAAAAAUAAUAAUAAUAAUAAUAACACUAAUAAUAACAAUAGCAAUAAUAAUAGCAAUAAUAAUAACAAUAAUAAUAACAAUAAUAAUAAUAAUAAUAAUAAUAAUAAUAGCAAUAAUAAUAAUAAUAAUAAUAAUAAUAAUAACAAUAAUAAUAAUAACAAUAAUAAUAACAAUAAUCAAAAUAAAAUCCAUAGCAUUAAACUUAAUAACCUUAAUAAUAAAAAGUUUAAUAGCACAAUCAAUAGACAACAACAAAUUAAACUCAUAAAUAAUAAACUUAACAUUAGGCUGAUCAAAAUUAAAAGAUCUAAUAAUAACCAAUAGUAUCUCAGAAAUAAUAAGAAACUCCUUAAUAAUAACAACAAGUUCAUACUUAAGUUAAUCAAUAAGUUUAAUAAUAACCAGUAGUUUAAAAUGUACCAACACCACAAUCUCAAAUAAACCAACCUCAUUUGUAAUAAUAAUAAAUUCAACAAUCAUAAAAUGGAUAAACUUUAACUCAAAAUAAUGCUUUACCUUUAUAGGAGUACAAUUAACAAUAAGAUUAAAUGAAAUUUAGUGGGAAUAGUGGACAAGCACCUUAACAGUAGGGCAAUCAAACAGUUCAAUAAUAGCAAAAAUAAUAAAAGCCUAUGAGUUAAGUUCCUUUAUUGGCAUAAUUUUUGAUCUAUCCAAAUAAUUGUACUUCAUCAACAAACCUAUUCCCUCUAACAAUGGUAUGAAAUAUAUCAAAUAAAUUAGUAAAACUUAAAUAAUGCAUUUGAGUAAUUAAGAUAGAUUGCAUUGACUUAUGAAUAAAAGUUACCGUGAG